AUGAAGAGAGAUAAUCGUAAGAUAGCGCCAUUAGUUUAUAAACCAAUUGAUAUAAAUAACAUAACUCACUUUAUAACACUAUUAAAAAUUAAACAAGAAGCUUAUACUGAAUUUUCAGAGGGAACAGUAUCUGAAUAUCCUUGUUUCUUUGACCAGAAGAAAGAUAUUCUUUCAACAGAAUCAAUACACCGUGGCUACAUGGACAAGAAAGUAAUUGAGAUAUAUUCAAAAAUGAAAGUAUCGUUUUUAGAUCAAGUAGAAAAGUCUAUGAUUCAGUUUAUUAACAAUAAGAAGAGUGAAUUUGAAUUUCUUAACUUUAAAGUAUUUUUUGAUGAUACAACUGAGAAUGAUUUGUUUACAGAACCAUCUGCAAGCUCUUUUUCCGAUGAGCUAUUAUUUGAUUGUUUUACUUUCCUUAAAAACCAAAUCCCACCUAUUAAAUUCUUAGAAAAUGGAUUUAAACGCCACAUGGUUAAAUUCUUUGAGACACAACAGGAAAAAGAGAAUAUUAGUUAUCCUGACUGUGUACAGGACUAUGUAAGGUUAAAAUACUCAACAACUGCUGCUAAUAUGGCAGUUUAUGAAGGAAGGUAUUUAUGGGCAGAAAUUUACGUUUUAUUUAGGUUGGGUAUGUAUAAUGAGAUUAAAGGACUAUUUGCAAAGUUUAAUACUUUCUUUAAUAAGAUUAACGGAGAAUUUGCUACAUACUUUCUUCAGUACUUAAACAGUGGUGUUAAUACUGUUGGGAAAGUCAAUUGCAAUGAAAGAGAUGAUAAGUUUAAAAUUGUUAUGGUGGGUUUCCUAGAAGGGAAUGUUGUUAAUGAACCAUAUGUUAUUAGUUCAGUAGAAGAUUAUCUAUUCAUGUUACUUCAUAAUACAAAGAAGAUAGAUACGUCGGUGUUCAUGAAUCCACGUAUUGAAUUCUUAGCAUCUCUAAUGGCAGGUUCAUAUCAAAAGGCAUUUAAGCUAGUCUUAAGAUCUGAGUUUAAUAUUGUUGCUAAGUUUCACUUGCUAAAUGUAUUGUCUUAUUCAAUAGAUUUAGUUGAUUCUGAAAUCCCAGAUCGGGAACUUGCCGACAAAACAUUCCGGGAGAAUUGCAGAGUGUUUUGCAUGUUUGUGUUUAAAAUUAUUGAUAAGUUAACACUCUAUCAUUACAAACUUAAUUUAGUUGAAAUGUUACAGGACAAUAAUGAUUAUGCGAAUUAUAUUCCUGAAUUUAUAAUUAAGCAUAAUUUGAUUGAAAUGGUUAAAGAAGAUGUAAUUAAGAAUAAAAUUAAAGAAAGAAUUAUUACUGAACUUAUUGGGACAGAUAAGAAAAAACUUUUAAAAAUACUUCAAUAUCUUGAUGAUAGUGUGAUUGAGGGGAUAUUUGAAGAUUUGUUAGAACAAGCUAUUCUCACAGAUCAUAAACUUCCUCAGAAUAUCAAUCUUAGUAAAGCAGAGGGUAAAAAAGCAGAAGAUUUAAGAGAUUUAUACAUUUUUAAUUUUGAACCUUCAAUAAGUAAUCUUAAAUCAACUAUAUUGGUUGAUCCUACAAUAGAUUUAAGACCUUAUAAAUUUAUUAUUGAGCAUGUCUUUAGAAAAGCACUACACGUUUGUAAAGAAUCAAAAGAUAAGGAAAUAAGUAGAAUUUUAUUUGAAAUUAAUGGAAAAAUAGAUUUAAAUGAAGAAUGUUCUUCAUUAUUAACUAACGAUUUCUUAAUGUUCAUUUAA